AAGAAAGACUGCUACAAUAAUUAACAUACAUUUAAUUGGUUUCGUGUGAAAAUGGUAGUGGCAGUGUAUUUGAUAUGUUUCGUGGUAAUCAGUGUGUGGCUGUGGGUUAGGUCAAGGAGACUAAUGCCUCCAGUUGUUCCUGGAGCUCUUCCACUUAUAGGACAUAUGCAUCGGUUCCUGGGUUUAGAAAGUAUAUGGAAUACAAUCGAAGAAACCAGUAAAUUUUCAUUGGAAAAUGGAGGGAUUUCCAUAUUGAAAAUCUGUGAACAUAAUGUAUACAUGCUUACCGAUCCGGAUCUCAGUCUCAUGGCGUUCAACAUAUCCUUAAACAAGAUGUUCCUGUACCAUUUCACUAAAGAUUUAAUGGGCAAUGGGCUUGUCACUUCUGAUGCACAAACCUGGAAAAUACAUCGCAAGUUAAUAAAUCCAGCGUUCAAUCAACAAGUUCUAAAUUCAUUUAUAAACGAAAUGAAUGUUCAAUCAAAAUGGCUCGUCUCUGAACUCUCUACUAAGCUUGGAAAAUCAGUGAAUGUGCGCAAACCUCUUAUCAAGUUCACAAUGAAUAUUACUAGUCGUAUUUCUUUAGGAUUAAAUGCCGAAGAUCAAACUUUAAUUGACAAGGAUUAUGCUCACGCAUUUGAAGUUUUGUCCGUGAUAUAUUACGAGAGGGGUACGAAACCGUGGCUGCACGUACCUUUCAUCUUUAACAGAAGCGCAUUGAAGCGUAAACAGGACAAACUGACGGAAACAUUGACAAAUAUUCUUAAUCCUGUAAUACACAAAAGAAGAUUAGAAAUGAAGAUGAAUUCGUAUAACAAUAAUGAAAAUGAUGAUAAAUUCAAACCACUGUUGAACCAUCUACUAUAUCUAGCCGAUGAACAAAAUGCUUUCUCUGACACCGAGAUACGGGAACAUUUGAACACUUUUGUGAUUGCUGCUUACGACACUUCGACAGUAUCACUGACUCUCCUACUGAUGAUGAUUGGAUGGCACAAAGGUGUGCAGGAACGGGUUUACAAUGAGAUACAAGAAGUAUUAAACAAUGAAGACAGAGACUUUACAAAGAACGAUUUGCCAAAAUUAGUGUAUUUGGAAGCAGUAAUAAAAGAAACGUUAAGGUGUUAUCCCACGAUACCGAUCAUCGGUCGACAAGUUGACGUCGACAUGAAAUUAGGAAAAUAUACCAUACCAGCCGGUAGUUCUUGCGGAGUGUCAUUGCAUGGCAUCCAUCGGCACCCAAUGUGGGGCCCAGACGCUGACCAGUUCAAUCCAGACAGGUGGCUUGAUCCUGCCCGGCUGCCAAAUCUCGCAAAUGCCUUUGUAGCCUUUGGUGUAGGGAAAAGAUAUUGUAUAGGUAAAACAUAUACCAUGAUGCUGAUGAAGAUCGCAGUAGGACAUAUAGUGCGUCAGUACCACGUGCAAAGCGAUCUUUCCAGACUGAGGUUCCAAUUUGAAGGUGUACUGCAACCAACGAAGGGUCAUCGAAUUACAUUUACAAAAAGAACGUAAUAUUCCAAAGAUGUUUGAAUAAAUGAAAAUCUCACCAAAAACCAAAAGCCAAGUUCAAUACAAAACCUAUGUUUGGUUGUGGGUUUCGCUGCAAAAUGAGUGGAGAUCUAAAUGAAUGCCCUGAUCUGUACAUAAACCAUUUCUCCCAAUUUAUAGGAACAAAAUAACACCAUGAAAAAGUACAAGACUAUUUCUAUGUUUUAUUAGAUACCUAUAACAAUUGCUGUUAUUUAAAAUAGGAAUGAUUUGAUUUGGCCAGUUUUCAUUACCUCAGUCAUUCUAUAAAGAUAUUCAACAUUUUUUUAAUCCUGAAAAAAAAAAACGUUCGUGGUCCAUGUUGUGAGCCAUAACCAAGCAUAGGUUUUGUAUUGAACUUGGCUUUCCUUUUUUACAUUUAUGUUUUUGGUGGGAUAUCAUUACUUUUUGUAAAGAAAACUAGGCACUUAGGCAGGUAUAGUCUUCGGCACGUAACUUGGCAAUUUUUUUUUUUAAAUAAUAAGAAAGUUCCGCCAAUCGCACAGGGAUUGAUCCUCACAAGCAUCGUGCGCAGACGCGGCGACGUUGCGCUGACUAUUGAACGUCCGCGUCCGCGUAUUUUUAGUUAAUAAAGUAAUUUUCUUCAAUAUGAUAACAAAAUCUUGCCAAGUUAUCUGCCAACCUUUAUAUAGAUUUAAUUUAUUUUUCUUGUACCGCUGUACUGUACAGUACUCUCAAUGGAUCGUGGCAGGUCUGAACUACGUGCAGAAGGCUGCGCAAUAAGUCUUUUUUAGAACCAAAUGGUGGCAUGAGGCGAGGUGCGGGGGGCGGCGAUCUAGGCUAGAGAUUGACCAUUUCUAAAUACAAUUGACCCUUUACACUUAUUGCGCAGCCUUCUGCAAAGUUAGUUCAGACCUGCCAAGAUCCGUUGAGAGUACUGUACUGUGUUACCGCUGUAUUGUUCUGUGUAUGUAUAUGUGGUGCCGCGCGCGCCGCCGACGACUGACGACACUCCACGUUGGCUGGUUGUUCAGCGCGUAUUACUAUUUUGUAUGGGGUUUUCACACUUCGUUUUUGACUUGAAUUUACUUUUAUAUUUCUGUAAUAUAGCAAAUAUAAUAAUAUAUAUUUGGAUAGUUUCAAAUAUCUGUUAGUAUCUAAUGUAGCAUAGUUCUGAUGGAAAAGCACCGAUAUUCGGCAUCGGAUCUAAGUUUAAUGUGUCAUUUUGUACCUAUGUGAAUUUAUAUGUUUGUAAACGCAUCCACAACAUAGAGGAUAAAAUAUUUGAAAUAAUGACAAAAUGUCAUAUUCGUUUAAGUAUAGUUUUAGAUGUAAAUAAAACGUAGUUUUGUAAUUGAAAUAAAUGUUAAAGAAAAUGUA